AUGCAAGAUGUCGCAUUCCCAGGCUCGCCAGGCCAGUAUGGUGCUCGGGCUGUGAUUGGACAUACACGCGGAGCUUGCGGAAUUAAGUCCUGCUGCCUCACAGCCAAGGGUGUCUGUGUAGACGGAGACACGCAGGAAAAGACCGAGAUAACACGCCCUCAACACCCACACACCCACGCGGAACAAUGGAUCCAUUGGCAGGGUCCGGCGCGGGGGGAAACCCUGAGGUUGAUUUUUCAGGGGUCCGCACGGUCUCGUCUGGCUGCUGGGAAUGCGGGCUGGGAGGCGUUGCUAGGAGGGCAGAGCCGAGUUUCUGUAGGAGUUGCUGUUCCAGAGAAUUCAUUACUCUCCAGUUGUUCUGACUUGAGAUCGGCCAAGCGGUGGUGGAGAGAGAGACUGAGCGAGGACGAGGGGAGAGAGAUCGGAGACGUUCGCCCCGCGGAGUCCUUUGCCAGCUGGCAGAGAAGAGCCACGCAGCAAGCACUGGCCACACUCGCGCGUCUCGGUCCUGCUUGGCACCGUCCUGGGGGUUCAGCUGCUGGGGAUCCCGGGUGCGAGGUAGCGGGAGAGGGACGUGCAGUCCUCGCCGGCAGCAAACGUCUGGCCCGGCACCUUGCGAGCCCCUCGAGGCGCAGGCACAGCAAACCGCCCCCCGGCAGAGGCACCGGGAAGUUGGGUCGGCGAGGGGUAGGAAGCUUUGCCCAGGCUGUGCUGAGGCUGCAAGCAGAGCCGGCCGCGGAGCUUCCCACCUGCUGCUGCCCGGACCCCGGCUGCAACUUCCUCCUCCCCUUCCCCGCCCGACUCCCCGAACUGGCUGCCAGGGUGGAGGAGGAAGCGGCCGCAGGUUCCCUUCGCUGGCAGCUGCUGGAGCCGCGGGUGAAGCAUCCUCCCCUCCUCGCGGGCUGCGAUUGGCCGGCAGCGGCCGGGGGCGGAGCCAGCGGGGCCGGUAUCGCGUGGACCGCCUCAAAAGAGCCCAGGAUAUUGCAGAGCGCACUGGAGCGCUUGGCAGCGCGCAGCCUUCCCGGCGCCGGCAAGCUGGGUCUUGGGGAUUCUGCUUUGCUCAGGCUCCCUCGCUUUUACAAACCACUGGAUCUUACAUGCCUCGGUACCUCCCACUUUUACUCCAUGUCUCCACGCUCCGGUGCCAGCAACAGGACAUAUUGUCUCGAUGUCAGCUGAGUUACUAAGGUAACUCUGCAUGUCAAUAGACCAGCCGUGGUAGAAUCCUAAG